AAAAGAAGAUGUCGUUGUUGCUAGCCUGGCAUUCUUGGAUGGCCACUGCUCUGGAUAACAACUCCAUUCUGGAAACGUCUGAUUCUCAAGGACUGCUGGCUUCAUCAUGCACUGUGGCUAGAAGCCACCCUGCCCACCCAUGCCUCCGUAUCUGACCCCACGCAGAGUCUGUCUAAGUUCCAGGGAAGCCUCACCACCCACCAUCUCCACCCCAGGACGACCUAUCACGCUCCUUCAGGACCUCAAAGCAGGGCGUUUCCGUCUUAAGCUAGCUCUGGACUCUGCUUACCUCCCGCUCAGUGCAGAGGACACACCAACCCCGAAGAGUGUGACUGAGGCAAGUUCGGCACCUUUGGACUUGAAGAUGGCCCCUUUCCAGACCAAUAAGGAACUGAUUUCUACAGGGAUAAAGGAGUUUAACGUUCUGCUGAAUCAGCAGGUCUUUAAUGACCCUCUCAUUCCCGAAGAGAGCAUGGUGACUGUGGUGGAUGACUGGGUGAACUUGUACAUCAACUAUUACAAGAACCACGUGCUUGGGGGGCAGCAGGAAAAAGACAAGGCACUGCAAGAACUCCAGCAAGAGCUGAGCACUUUGGGCAGUCAGUUUCUGACCAAAUAUAGGACCAUUCUGAAGACCAGAGAGCCCUCAAACAGAGAACUGCCCUCCUCAUAGCCGAAAGGUUGAGGGUAUCAUGUCUAAGAACCCGGAAGUCUUGGCUCUGGAUUGUGUCUCCAGACUAUUCUCUCAUGGCGUUGCUGGACCUUGACAUCUCAAUAAAGACCAAUACGAAUUUGCUGA